AUGGAGAGCGAGGAGAGAAGGGCCGCUGUUAGCGACCGGCCCGGCGUCAAGCAGAGAACAGCCAGGGAUUCGGGUCCGCGAAAGAACACCUCGGGUCCGGGCAACAAGCUCUCGACGGAAGACGCGCUCAGCCACACGGGCUGGUCCACGUCCGUGGCGGAGCGGUUGCGAGCGCAGACUGGUGGGGGCGGCGGCGGCGGCGGCGGUAGGGGCGGCAGGGGCGGUAGCCUGACCGGCAGCGAUGAAGCGGAGGCGGCGGCGGCCAUGCACGCGUUGGCCAACUCUUCCUCUUCCACGAAAGACGGUGGUGGCGGCAAGAAAGGCGUUGGUGACAAGAAGACGGCCCACCUCGGGAGUCUCGGCGUUUUCGUGGCCGACGAGAGGAUGCUAUCGCCGGCCGAAGCGGCCAAGAUUAGGAAGGGCAACCUCGGUAGGGCUUUGCUCAGCGGCGGCGGCGGCGGCGGCGGCGACGGCGAAACGGCCUCAAAGCGCGGUGCCAACGGGGGGGUGCACGCCACGGCGAGGCCGGCGGGAGGCAAGAAGCAGAGGGGGGGAAGCGGCGGUGGUCCUAAGUCGUCCAGGGGGGGACCGGGGGCAGACGACGACGGGCACGAGGAGGAAGAGGAGCCGGACGCGGAGCCGGUCAAGAGGAAGACGCCCGGGAAACCAGGCCGCAAGCCGAAGAAGGGAAAGGCGGACAAGGGAGAGGGUCUCGCUUCGGUGGAGGCGGCCGUGCCGGAGGCGGGGGGAGACCUUAGCAGCCCCCCCGCGGUCAGCCCUUUCCCAAACUGGGCCGAGGACUCGUACGAGAUGGUCGGGAGCCGUGUGCGGGUGUACUGGGACGGGGAUAACGAGUGGUACAGCGGCCGCAUCGUUCGGUUCAAGUCGACUCAGCGCGAGCCGUACCUCGUCAGAUACGACGAGGAUGGUUCGGUGGAGUGGCUCAACCUCCCCGAGCAACCCGCCAUUGUCGCCAGACAGGUGGUGUGGGUCAAGAUGCGCUCUCAUCCGUGGUGGCCAGCCCAGGUGUACCAGCCGACCGGCCCGAAAGCGAUGCAGGACGGCAUGAUCGAGGUCAAGGAGCGGCACGCGUUCGUCGUCUUCUUCAAGACCGACGAGAGCGGUUUCGUCCCCGUUGGUCAGAAUGUUAUCCAGAGCUUCGCCUCUCGACAGGACCUGGCGAACCCGGCGAAGAAGCCUUCGAAGGGGUUGGAGAAGGCCAUCAUAGCGGCAAAGUCGGAGAUAGGGAACAUGGCCGAGGCGGCGGCGGCGGGCCUGGCGGCGCGAAGUCGGGGCCGACAAAGGGGGCGGCGGCAGGGAGCUUGGGCGCGAGAGAAGGGCAGCAAGCUCGAUCGGGCGGCGGCGGCGGCGGCGACGCCGGGGCGCGUGGCCCGAACCCUACGAACUCAGCGGAACCGCGAUUUGGACGAGAUUUCUCGCGGCAGCGUCGCAAGCGAGGACGGCGGGGGAAGCAUCAGCGCGUCACACCUCGGCGACUCGGAGGACUGCGGCAGCGUGAGCGGCAGCGUUGCCGAGAGCACGGACGGGGACGUCGGGGGGGGCGGCGGCGGCGGCGGCGGCGGCGGGGGGCGGAGUCGGGGCAGAAGCCGCGGCGGGGUAAGCCGUAGGAGGGGAGGGGUUAGGGGCGGCGGCGGCGGGCGCGGCAGCCGGGGGGGCGGGAGAGGAAGCCGCAGCGGCAGGGCGGGGUCUGGGUCGAGGCGGAGAGUCUCGGACGCCGGGGGCAAGCAGCCGAAGGAAGGGUUCGGGCUGGUGGGGAAGACGAUCAAGCUGCACAGGGACGACGUGGACUACCCGAACGGUCGGUGGUGCGUGGCGGACGUGCAGCAGUGGAGCCGGACGCAGCAGAAGCACCUGCUGUCUUAUCGAGGGGUGGGGUCGGCGUGGCUGCCGCCCGGGUGGCUGAAGCUGGAGGAGAAGAGGAAGGCCGAGGUCGUGUCGGUGCCCCCCGCAGCGGCUCCGACGGUAGUCACGCCCAAAAGUCAGACGGCGAGCGGGGGCAGCAGCAGCAGCAGCAGUCGAGAAUCGGCGGCAGUCGCGGCUGCGGAAGGGCUUGCUGUGCUCGCUGCUGCGGGAGAGGCGGCAACGGCGGCUGCUGAGGCUGCCGUGGGUAACGGUAAGCGAGGAGGGGAGGAGGAAGAGGGGGGUGCUUCGCGACGGUCAGGGGUAGCUGGCGGUCCUCCCGCGGUUGGAAGCGGAGAGUCAUCUUCCGCCGUCGCCAGCAAGGAUGGGGGCUCCGCGGCUGGGCCUCCCGAAGCUAUUGGGGACGGCUCGAGCAGCACCUGCCGGAAGGAGAACGGAACGCCGCGACCUCCGGCUGAUGAUCGGAACGGGAAAAACGAUGGGAAAGGCGCGGGAGCUGCUGCGGUGCAGCCUGCGGAAUCAAGUGUCUCCGCCACCGCCGACGGCGCCACAUCGUUGGACACGCUACCGCCAGCCGCCCCCCAGGCGGCGGCGGCCGCGGCAAGGGCAACCGACGUUGGCGCGAACGGAAGCAGCGGCGCUUCGAGCGGAGCAGCGCCGGUGACUGAUGAUGUCACCGGGGAGGGGAUCGGAAAGCGGGAAAAAUCCGGAACGGAUGAUGCGAAGGCUGCGGCGGCAGGAGAUGACGCGGCCGACGCUGUGGUGCCGGAAGGGGUAAGAGCAGUGUCGACUGCGGCGGAGGGAGGCGGCGUGACUCCCUCGGGUACGGGGAAAGACACGAAGCAGGCGACGGCGGACGCCGCAACGACAACAGCGCCAAGCGUUGUCGCCGGGCAGGAGGGGGGGGUUCCGUUGGCGCCAGAGGGGGGCGGGUCCAGCGGUGCUGCCGCCGCCGCAGGCUCGGAUGAUCUAGAGAUGACAGACGUCGUGGCACCCGGAGCCUCAUCGAAAUUACUCAAGGUCGAGGACGGCGGCGCCGGCGCCUCGUCCACAGACGUGGCGAUGUCGGAAGCGGCACCGCUGUCCGCCGCGCAGGGGACGAAGGUCCCGGCAGCGGCCUCCGCAGCGGCGGCGGCGGCGGAAGUUGAGCGCACCCCCAAGCAAGAAGGAGACCCGGCGGCGAGUGCAUCAAAGCCGGAGGCGGCGGAAACAGCGGGGGGGGACGCGGCAGGGGAAGAAGGGACCCCGGAGUCCCCCCCGGCGGCUUCCACGGCGAAAAGCGCGCGCGUGGUCGCGCCGCGGGGCCUCGUUCGCCGGGACGGAAACAGCGGCGCCCCCUGCAAGAUGUGCAAGUCCAAGUGGGACCGGGACCAGACGCUGGUGUGCUCGACGUGCCUGAUGCACUACCACCCGGGUUGCCUCGAUCCGCCGAUGACGCCGAGAGAGAUCGCCUCUCACGCGCAUUCGAAGGAGGAGUGGCGCUGCGACUAUUGCCAGACUUGCCAGGGGUGCGGUAAGGGCAACGAGGACGAGAUGAGAAGGGGGGGGGAUCCGCUGGUGUGUCACGAGCGGGGGAAGGUGCACCACGUCCACCUCGAUGCCCCGGAAGGCUGCGAUCCGGGUCCGAGGGCCCAAGAGAAGAUAUGGCUGUGUUCACCCUGCUUGGACAAGUACAAGGAGCGAAACUACUGCCCCAAGUGCGGGGUGACGUACGACGAGCACGACAACAUGGUGCAAGCCAUCGGCUGUGCGGCCUGCGAGUUCUGGGUGCACGCCAGCUGCGAAGGCCUGUCCACGGCGGAGUAUCAGAUGCUGGUGGACGGCAAGGACAGCUGGUUCGGCGCGGAAUAUCUUUGCCCCGUGUGCAGGAACCGGGCCAUGGCGCACAUGCUCGGGGAGCUGCAGAGAGCGGAUGUGGUAGGGAUGUUCGCGCAGCCGGUGACGACCGCCAUCGCCGCCAACUACUUCCUCAUCGUGAAGGAGCCGAUGGACCUCAAGACCAUGAGGCACAAGGUUCACACCGGGCAGUACAACACCUUGCAGGAGAUGCGCAACGACUGCGAGCUCAUGUCGAAGAACGCCCUUCUUUUCAACCGGGCUCCGGGCGAGGCGGUGCCGACGCCGGCGAAGGGGCAGUCGCAGCCGUACCAGACGAAGGCCGGAGUCCACGCGAAGGCGGUGCACGAGCAGCAGCUGCUGUCGAGGCCGAAGACGGUACGGGCGGUUAGCGCUGGCGUGAGGAAGGACCUUCUGACGGGCAGGACUCAGCCGAUCAAGCUCCGCCCGCUCGAAAAGAGCCCAGACCCCGACGCCGCGGUGGGCUUACAGCGGCAGCCGAUAGCGGCCUGGGUGUGCGAGGUCUGCACGGAGACUGCCAAGUCCGACGAGUCUCUCCUACUCAUGUGCGAGCUGUGCGACCGCGCGUACCACACGUACUGCCUGACGCCGUCGACGGACAAGCCGCCGGAGGGGACAUGGAUCUGCGGCCAGUGCAUCUCCUGCACCACCUGCGAUGCUCCUCAGGUGUACACCUCUUGGAGUUCGACGAAGGACUCCUGCCAGGAGUGCAUCCUCAAGAAGCGUAGGGAAGAGGGCUUGCAGGAGUUGGAGGCCAGAAGGGAGGUGCUUUCGUGUGAGCUAAGGCGAAGGAGAGCCGUGUACAGGGAAACCCAAGCUCGUAUGGACACGGUGAGAGACGGGGCAGGCGAUGCCUACCCACCGCCGGCGCGGUCAUCGGUUUCGUCGCGAGAGGCGAAGGAGAGGACGGCGUUCCAGAAGGCCAAGGACGCGCUGACGAAGCCGCUGAACGGCGUCUCCUCGCAGUGGGACCGCGGGCGCGUGGCGGCCGAUUGUGACGGGUCGUGCCCCGUGUGCAAGAAGAAAUCGGACGGCCACGACGACAACGUGGCGGAGUGCGACUGCUGCAAGCUGUGGGUGCACCAUGCCUGCGACAAGGGCGUGGGUCUCGUCUUGGAGCACCCGGAGCUUGACUUCUUCUGCAAGGCUUGUUUGGGUCAAGACAAGAUGGAGCUCCGGUGCACACGACUCGACGUGCCGGGCCCCCCGGCCUCACACGCCGUCACCCCGGCCGCAGUGGCUGCCGGCAAGGCGGCCGCGUCUCGAACGGAAGACGCCGCCGAGGCUGCGUUCGUGGAGCGUCGCCUCUCGAAGGAACGUGCGUCGGUGGUGGCAACUGCAGCCGUCGAGGAGGCGAAGGCGGCGCAGAAGGCGGCGGACAACUCGGUGCACUUCGCACAGGUGCGGGAGGCCGCAGCGGUAGCUGAGGAGAAGCGAGCAACGGCGAAAGCGGCAGAGGCGCGUCAGGCCGUGUGGAAGCUCUCCGGGGAAGAAAGGCGGAGGAUGUUCAGCGGCGGCGGCGGCGGCGGCGGCCAGGGGGGGUGGGAUGUUGGGGGCGCCGUGGAUCCGCCGAGGGAUACCCACCUCGGGGGCACCGCGGCGGCGGCGGCGCUCUGUCGGAGGGUGGCCCUGAUUCAGGAGAGGAGGAAGCGCGUGGUGGAAGUGCGAGAUCAAGAGCGGUGCCGAAGACGGAGGGAUGAGCGCCAGUUCGAGGCCUGGGAGAAGUCGAGGGUGCAAUCCCAGGCUGUGGUGGACAUGGCGCUGGACAGGAUCGAACAGCUGCGGAUGCCGGACAAGCAGGACGAUGUCAUAAAUAGGAUAGCGUCAACCUCUCAGGAGCAGGCGAAGGUGCCCUACUGGCUGAGGACGAGAGCAGCGCGAUUCGUCCGCAUGCAGCGCUAUCGCCUAGGGGAGCGAAUAAGAGCGCAGCAGCGGGCACAUCGAGCGGUUGGGAUCCAGCCACACAUCUCGCACCUGAUGAGCAGGGUGCUGUCGGCCGCGGCAUUUCUCGCCGUCUCCGGAGUCGAGCUUACCCUUCCAUGGCCCGACGAGCUCACUAAGCAGAUGGCGCUUCAGCCGCCCCACUUUCUCUUGGAGGGCGGCCGCAAGAGCGAGAGCGCCGCCGAUGUCGAGGGCUUGCCGCCCGCGCCGGCGCCUAGGACCCCGGGGCCUCUGCUCGGCUGCGCGGGUUCGAGGAAGGAGGCGCUGUCGUCCCCGACCGCAGUGGAGCGUCAGCAGUCGCCUACCACGGUCCAGCAGCAGUACAUCCAGCGACAUCAGCAGCAGCUGGUGCAACAACAGCAGCAGCCGCCCGUCGAUCCCGAGUACGAGGCCCAGCUGGAGAUGUUCCGCCGUCGACAGGCCAACGGAGGCGGUGGGCAGAUGGCCCACUACCCCGGGGACUGCCCGCCGCUGUCCCCGGAGUCCCACUCCCCCCCCUCUUCCCCCGACAGGGCUGCCGAUGCGCGUCACCCCCAGGCAGACCACCACCGCCUUUCCUCCGGCCUUCCCGCCGACAGCUCGGCCGCUGUCCUCGCCGCGGCUACGGCCCGGGCUGCGGCGGCGGCCGCCGCCGCCGGCAUCUGCUCGCCGCCGUCGUACCCCCGGCACCAGCACCUGCAUCAGGCCGCCGCCGCCGCCGCCGCUGCCACCGCCGCGGCCGUAGCUGCUCCUCCUCUGGACCACCGCGCGAACAACAACGGCAACCACCGCCAUAUGGCCACGUCGAACUCCUCUGACCAAACCAGCAGCACUGGUGGGGUCCCGUUGUCCCUGCCUUCCGCCCGGGAGGUGGAGGCCAAGGCCGCCGCCGCCGCCGUCGCUGCCGAAGCGCAGUCGCGGAUCGCGAGGAAGGACCUCGCCAAGGCGCACGAGGCGGCGGCGGCGGCAGCGGACCGGUCGAGGCGGGCGGCCAAGAGCGCGGCGGCGGCGGCGCAGGCGGCGGCGGAAGCGGCGAGCGGGGUGAUGGCCCCCGCUCCGCUCCCGGGAAGAAGAAUAGCGGGUCACCCGAGGACCGGCGGCGGCCCCCCGAAAAAGGCCGCUAAGCGUAAGGCUAGCAGCAGUAGCGCGGACGUCGGGGCGGGCGAUGGUCUGGACUCGAACAGCGGGUCCUUGGGCGCACCAGAGGGUAACUCUUGUAGCAGCGGCGGGGGCGGCAGCGGGAGCCUAAAGGGGGCGCAAGAGCUGGCGGCAACGGCGAUCGCCGCUACGGCUACGGCCGCCGCAUCCGCCAUUGCCACGGCGGCGCGCGACAAGGAAAUGCUGGUUUCCGGCGUCAUCGACGACGGCACCCUCGACGAGCUCAAGACGGUGCCGCUGCGGGGCUGGGGAAAGAACGUGGAGACCGAGCUUGGGCGAUGGCAGGACGUCCGUGCGUGCUGCCUCUGCAAGGCCACGGGGGAUGGAGACAAGACCGGCCGGCUGCUGCCGUUAGACGAUGGGCAGUGGAUCCACACACUCUGCGGGCUGUGGUCGAGGGAGGUAUACGAGAACCAGAACAAUUUCGGGACGAUCUGCGAGCUGUACAAGGCCCGCGGCCGUGGGCGUCUGUUGGAGUGCUCCCUCUGCAAGGAGCCCGGCGCUACUGUGGACUGCUCCAGCCACAAGUGCGAAGAGGUCUACCACUACGAGUGCGCGUUGGAUGCCGGGUGCGUGUUUUACAACAACCUGGACGUGUCCUGCCCCUUGCACCACGAAGAAGGGGUCGCCAACUCUCACGGGACCACGGUCGCCCCCUUCCCCUUGUCUUCGACUGGCAGUGUCGCCGCCGCCACCGAAGGGGCCGCCGGAUCGAGGGCGCCGACGCCCACGCCAGGUGCUGCAAACCCUGACCCUCCAGCGGGAGGCGGGGCUGGCGGAGGAGGAGGAUCAGGCUCGGCGGCGGCAUCAGGGUCGAGCUCCCCUCCCCCGACGCCACUUCCGGUACCGUGGGGGAAGAUGACCAAGUCACGGGCGGAACUAGUGGCCGACCCUUACCGAUUCAUGGAGGCAACAAGGGGCUCUACUAAGGGGGCAUGGAAGGUGCCCUCUUGGAGCGACGGUUAUGCCUUGCGUGUGGGAGCGGUGACGAUCCAGAAGCUCGGCCGGUUAGCCCCGCAGUUGGCGGGGUCCCACACCAAGUCCCACAUGUUCCCUGUUGGCUUCCGAUCCUCGCGCAUCUUCUGGUCAAGCAAGAACCCCCUCCAGCGCACCCUCUACGUGUGCGAGAUUCUGGACGGGUCCAAGCUCACCGACCACCCCCUGCGGCACGACGAGGUUGUCCUCGGAGCCGGUAAAAAGAGGAAGCGACCAAGCGACAGCGGCGGGGCGCCAGCAGCAGCAGCAGCGGCGGCGGCGGCGGCGGCGGCGGCGACUACGGAGGAAGCAGCAGCAAAGCGGGGCAAGGAAGAGGGAGGCACCUCCCCCUCGUCUUCUCCCCGUACUACUCCGCCGUCUGGGGGCGGCGGGACCGGGGGCAGCGGCAAGGGCAAGGGCAAGGAGCGACGACGAAACGGCGAUGCUGACGAUGACGACGCCAUGGACGACCAAGAUGGGGUCGAUUCUGAAGCCGGCGGUGCCCCUCCUCCAAGAGAUUCUGAUCCGAUGGAGGUUGACGGCAACGCCCGAGAUAGAGGCGAUGGGGACAAAACAGCCCCCGCUGGCGGCGGCAGUACAAAGUGGGAUGGCGGGGACGAUGAUGGCGGCGGCGGCGGAGGGGGAGGCGGUUCUUACCGAGGGGUUGUGUUCAGGGUGACCAUGAUGGACGAUCCGGGCACGGCGAUGAUCGACUCCAGCCUCGACAGGCUGUACACGAGAGUGGUGGCUGCCGUUGACGAGUGCUUGCAGCCUUUGAGGAAGAUGGACCCCUGCUUCCGGCGGCGCCGCACGGGCCACGCGUCCUUCGGCCUCAACGGACCCCAGUUCUUCGGUAUCGGGUACGACGCGGUCCGCUCCGCCAUGGAGGCGUGGCCGGACGCCGUGAGCGCAGCUGUCACCCCGGAGGAUGACCCGGAGAGGCAAUACCGCUUCGUGAUGAACCUUCCCAGCGAGGAGACUGUGGUGGCCUGGCAGCGACGACAGGCGGCGGAGAAGGCCGGGGUCAAGGAAAACCCUAACGGCUGUGCGCGUGCGGAGGUGCUGUCGGAGUCAUCGUCCACGGCUAGGACGGGGCGGAUCACGAGGACGCUCGUCAGGGCGGCGGAGAAGCUGGGCGCGGCGGACGGGGGCGACGCAGGCGGCAGCGGGAGCCUGAGGGGGGGGCUGGGCGGCGGCGGCUCGCAGCAGUCCCAACAGGCCCAGUACCGCAUGCUCAAGACUCAGCCUACCGGUUACGGGCUCAAGGUUCGACGGUCUCACAUCCACGGGUGGGGGUUGUUUGCGCUGGAGGAGUUCCCGAAAGACGCCAUGCUUGUGGAGUACAUGGGCGAGGUGGUGCGGCAGUGUGUGGCAGACCUCCGAGAGGUGAAGUACGAGGAGAUGGGUGUGGGCAGCUGCUACCUUUUCCGCGCGGACGCUGAUGCCAUCGUGGACGCUACUCGGAAGGGUAACCUGGCGCGGUUCAUCAACCACUGCUGCGACCCGAACGCCAUCGCUCGAAUCGUCAACCUGGAAGGCACGAAGAAGAAAAAAAUCAUCAUCGUGGCCAAGAGACAGAUCAAGCCAGGAGAGGAGAUUACGUACGAUUACAAGUUCGAGAGAGAGGACGGUCAGCUCUCGUGCCACUGCGGCGCGGACGUCUGCUACGGCUCGAUGAAUUAG